AUCGCGUCGGCAGGCCUCGAGUGUCUAAAGUUUUAGAAAAAAUAACCUUUCCUAAAGAAGCCGAAUAUAUUCAAGUUGUGUUUAAGUUCAGAGUUAGCGCUCGCGUAGUAGUAGCAAUCCUUUAAUCCGCGUCAUAGUGCUGUAAAGUGUUUUCCCCCUUUAAUAACUUAAUUGCCGUUUUUUGCCCGCAAAAGAUUUGCACGUACGCACGACGCGCGUGCUAGUUUCGUUUAUUUAACUGGUGCAUUUCCCUUUCAUCCUUUUCGGCACGUUAAUCGCGGUAUCAGUGUGCUAUCGAUUUUAAACUGUUACAAAUUAUUAUAUUCAAAAGUUAGAAGAAAAAUUGGCAAGAACCACACCUGUUCGUUGCCAUCUUGUCGAUAGGAGAGCAGAGUUCGUUGAACCUAGUCUUCGCGUAAGCACAGCAACUCGACCACUCGUGUACAACAGUACUAGCGUUGGUAAACGCAACACACAGGUGGAUAUUUAGGCGCAUUUCUCUGCAAAUCAAGUUGCAUUGGAAGGAGAGAACCGAGUGUAAUUACGGGUAUGAUGAAAUUCGUCAAUUCGGACACAACGACAAUGUCGUUGCGCCACGGUGAACAAUAUGAAAAUUGUUCGGAGCUGCGUAUCGAAUCAGAUAUGACAUCGCUCGAAGAGUUGGAUCCGGCUAUACUUAGCUGCGGUUUGCCGGCCAUCGUACUGAACGAAGAGGAUUUAACCACGACGAACGCAUCGUCGACGGCGACACCAAAGCCGCAUCCGUCGUCCUUGAUGGCUUCCUGUUCCUUCAACGUCGCUGCCGCCGCGAACGUGAUCCGCUACACGGUCGCCCAUUUGCUGGCCCUCAGAAAGAGCCCGUUCUCUCAUCGACGCCCGGGGGCAAUCGACGAUCCGCGCACGGCACAGUAUCCGAUCUGGAGCCGCACCGGUUUCACCCAGGACCGGGUACGCCGGGUGAGCGGUAGCGAUGAGGAACUCGGCCUGGGUGGUGGCGGUGGUGCGUACGGUCGCAAACCGAACGAUCGUCAACGCGACAAUGGCUUCAAUCCGCCAAGAUUUCGACGUAAUCAUGAGUUUAGCAACCGGAACCAUCACGUGAUCGUGAAGAGCUACAACGCAAGCGACCCGUGCGUACAUAAUGGUGCGAUGCGCCUUCAGGAUACGAUCAUCGAAGAGGAACCGGAGUGGGUAGUCGCUGGUCCAACUUCCCGCCUGGAUACGAUCGAAUUGCGCGGUUUCGAUGAGGACGUAAGCCGUACGGUGGCGGAAUCGUUGAAGACAUCACCGGCGUGCGGGAAACAGCGUGGCGUCUUCUUCGACGAGCUGCUACACUAUGAACACGUGCAUCCGAAGCAUGGUGGUGGCAACCGGCAUGACAUUUCGGGUGGUGCUGGCGAUGGCGAGAGUGUGUCCACCUCAAACAAUGGUUCUCCACCACCGGCUCGCAGCACUCCGACGAAGGACAUGAACAAUAACAGCGGGCAUGGAAGGAAGCUAUCCGGGAACGCGGUGGGAUGUUCCGGCUCUUCCGGUGGUGGAGUGAACGUUUCCAACUUUGAGGAACUCAUGAAGUUUGAUUCGAUUCUGGGCGAUUCGGGAGAUUCGACUAGUUCCCGGAUGAACAAGUACUACCAUCGAGGUGGACUUCCUUCCGGGCCGAACUCUACUGGAGGAGGACAUCAUUACCAGCAUCAUUACUCCCAGCAGCAUCAGCAGCAACAUCACGUCCGUUUUGCACUCGAUCGGAACACCCAUCACUACAGCAAUUCGUCGCAGCCACAUCAGCACCGGCAGGCCGGUUCGGGACGUUUGUCCAUGUCAUCACUUCAGCAUCCUCCUGCCGGUGUUGAAUCGUUCUUCCCCGGAGGUUCCACCGGUUCGACUGCCACUUCCACAACACCGUCCGCCGGUGACGCUAAGUCAUUCCAGCGGCUGUUGGAAAUGUUGGCCGCCCAGAACCAACGCAAUUAUCAACAGCACCAGCAACAGUACUUGCUGCAGCUUCUCCAAAACUGCCAAGAGACGGAAACGCUCCGUCAAAUGUUGCUGAAGAAAUGUUCGCUCGAGAAUGCAACUGCGGCCGCUUCGUCUAACUUUGCCGGUGGGCAGCAAAGUCAACGCAUCCCAACGCAGGCCGAACUGCAGCAACACACGCAAUCGAUCAUGAAGCAGGCAUUGUUGCGUAAGAAAAUCGCUGAACAGAGCCGGUACUUGUUGGAGCAGCAGCAGCAGCAGAGCGGUCAGGAACCGAAACCGGCUGUACAGCAGCUUAUUCAGUCGAUCUGUCCCAACGUACAGCGCAGUUUGUCCGCGUUGGCAGGUAAUGGACAGCAGCACGGUGGUGUGGAUGGUAGAAAUGAACCGGGCUCGGUUGGAGGUGCUUCCCUGUUUGCUGGAGGCAAUCGUGGCCAAAUGAGACCUUCAAACAGACGCUACUAACACACACUGAGCGUUCACGGAUAUGUAUAGCAGUUUGCUUGUAUUGGCCUCUAAUCGCUUGCAAGAUAAUGGACCCAAUCGAAAGAUUUUGCAUUUGAUUUUAUACUACUUUCAUGCUUCAUUUUGGAAUUAUUAUUUACUAAUUCCACACCACCCCCCACCCCAUACUCGCACUCUUCUGACCGCAGAUGUUGUGUGAUUUAAUUAUCAAUUGUUGAAUUUCUCCUUUAAUUUUAUAAAGUACUACUCCUCACACUCUACACAGCCUGUCUCUUUGUGUUAUGUGUAUUUUUGGUAAAAGGAAAUUUGGCAAAAAUAUGUUAGAUGUUUAAAACAAUUUGUUGUACACAGCGAAAGCAAGGAACCUUAGUUCACAAAGCGUUUGGUGCCUGGGUAGCAUCAUAACGAUCAGGAGAAUAGUUUUUGCAAAUCGACACUGCAGCCCUUUGUUUCAUUAGUGCCGGAAAUAGUUGGAAACAGUUGAUCUUCUGCUGCUCGUUGAAAAGUUUAAUGUUUUGUGUUAAUAGAGCCGAUAGAAAGUGCUCUGCGAUUAUGUUCCCGGUAUAAUGUUUGGGUACACGAGACGCCAACAAGGGACGAUUUUCCGUGCAAAUUCCACGGUGUAAUAUUUUAAUAUAUUAAUUUUCACCUUUAUGUACCACAAAAGCAAUGUUUGAACCAGGAGAAAUCAAGUUUCGUAUACGUAUACGAUCGGUUAGGCAAUCUCGUUAUACUGUAAUUUGUUAACAUAACUCACGUCUAUUCCUUUAUCACGGAUAGUGUCAGUACGAAACGGAAACUGACAUCUAGGAAAUGGAACAUGUUUUACGUCCCAACUUUCUUCUGACAGGUUGUUUAUUUACUCUACUAACAAAACUCUCAGUAAAUGUAUAACAAUUUGUCAUGUUUGAUCGAUGCAAAAACAGCGAGAAGCGCAGGAGUUUGUAACGUUUAUAUUCCUUUGAUCACUUCGACAAUGUUAGGCAAAACUUGUAACAGUGUUGAGUAUUGACGAUCACUGCAAACAGGAUUGGAAGUGUUGGGUUGGAGCAUCAUAUUUUGAAAAAAUCGAAAGUGUUUGUGAGUGGUUUUGGUUCGUUUAGGCACAGGUGGAUGGAUUUAAUUUUUUUUUCUUUCAAUUUCUAAUAAAAAUGAUUAUUUGUGCGCGUUUA